AUGAACGACAGACCAGCGAUCGGCGCAGAGGGCAUCGUCACGGUGCAGAUUCACCUGUCAUCGUUUUGGCCACAGAAUCCUGCAGCCUGGUUUACACACGUGGCGGCCAUCUUCACCUUUCGGCGCAUUACUUCGCAACAAGCGAAGUUUUACCACGCUGUCUCCGCACUCUCAACGGAGGUGGUUGCGGAGUUCUACGACGUUGUAGACGCGCCCCACGAAACCACCCCCUAUGAACACUUUAAAACGACGGUGCUGCACCGCACGUCUGUGUCUGUGCGCAUGCAGGCGUCUUCAGCAGCUUCUCAACGAAGAGGAGCUCGGCAACUGCGACCGUCGGAACUUCUACGUCGCAUGCAGCGGCUUCUCAGUGACAGUAGUAGGCUGGACGCAAACAGCCCGCUGCUGCGAGAACUGCUCCUUCAGCACAUGCCGCAGAAUGUGGUUAUUGCCUUGGCUACCGCCCCAGACGACCUGUCCCUCGACAAGCUGGCGGAGCUGGCCGAUCGCGUCGUUGACUAUUCAGCAAGAAGUACUGUGGUGACGGCAUCUACCAUUCCGCUGUCGCAACUCGAAGACCGGCAGUCUCGCCUUGAGCAACUGAUCGACGACCUUGCCGAGACUGUUGAUGCACUACGGCCCCCGUCCCACCCUCGCCGAGGAGACCGCGAUUCCCGUUCCAGAUUGUCUCCUAGGUCUAGCUCCCGUUCAAGCCCUCGUCGCCGCGUAUACUGCUGGUACCACAGCAACUUCUGUGACAGCGCACGUCAGUGCCGUUCCCCUUGCGGCUGGCAGGGAAACAAACCGCAGAGCCACUGA